GUUUUUUUAGUUUAUUUUUAUUGUAGCAAGGCCGUCAAGUUGAUUGGUGUAUGGUGUUAAUUCUUCGUGACUUGCAUCUGCGAUAGUGUAGUGACUAGUAAAUUUUCUAUCUCUCGGUGAAGGUUUUGAGUGUGAUUAAAUUUACCAGUUUUUCUGUUCACGUUAGCCACUCUGUGAGGAAAGGCGUGAUAUUUUAAGCCGCGUCUUUGACUUCUGGUUUCAGUAUUCAACCAGUAGAAGUUAAAUAGUUCAGUAAUGGCAGAAACUAAGCUAUUUAGGAGAAAAGAGGUGUCUGAAAAAUGCGAAGGUGGAAAAGCAACCUACGUUAUUAUACAUAACACAGUGUACAACGUAACCGAAUUUCUAAACGAGCACCCUGGCGGGGAGGAGGUGCUCAUGGAGCAGGCGGGACGCGACGCCACGGAGGCCUUCGAGGACGUGGGCCACUCCACGGACGCCCGCGACCUCAUGAAGAAGUACAUAGCGGGGGAGUUGGUCGAGGAGGAGAGGACGAAGACGGACGACAAGGUGAACACGGGCUGGCACGUGGACAAGGAGGAGGAGAAGCCCAGCUCCUGGAAGUCUUGGCUCAUCCCGGUCACCCUGGGAAUCGUCGCCACGCUCAUAUACAGACUGUUUUUUGCGGUCCACUAACUUGGUUCUCUCGGAAAGUGCAAAAAAAAGGCAAAAAAAAUGUAACACAUGGUGUCUGAUCCAUUCCUGCUAGGAAACUUUGUUGUAAACCAAAACUGCAUACCAAAGUAUGCACUUUACAUGUGGAAAACCAAUGCUUUUUGAACUAAGAGUGUGCAUUUUCUUAAAUGUUUUAUAUUUUAAGAGCAGUCUGUUGGUAUGGUUUAUAACGACGAGCGAGGUGAAUUAGCUCAGCUUCUGAUGCUUUGUCAAGCCGUUUUAUUUUCUCCAGACACGUUGUUGUUAGAUAUGUAUGUAUUUUAUGCGAUACUCAGCAACUAGUUGUACUGAAAAGUGGGCCUAAUAUAUACAAAGCAUAUUUGGUGUUUUGAAUUAUAAUGUAAUGUCAUUUUAUUGUUGAUUUGUCUUCUGCAAAUUUCAGAAGUGUGGUUGUUAUUUGUGAUGUGUUUUUAAAUGUAUACGGGAGGUGAUGGUGACUAUUUUAAAACCAGCAAAUGUUUUAGAGUCAGUGGAUGGUGCGGAUGAAAUCAUAUGUCACAAAUUAAAGAUUGGUUCUAUGAUAAGUCGGGGUCUACUCAGCUGUUUAGGCACUGCAUGUAUGCAGUGUGAUAAACAGCACUAAUAACAAAAUGUUAACUUUGGUUCGUGAAAAUGCUACAGAUGAUGGUAUUACAACGGACACACUUCAUUUAUAAAAACAAACUUUAAGGUUUUGUAUAGGCAGCUUGUGAAAGUGUUUUUAAUAACAGGACUUAUAAAUUACAAUGUGGAAAAGCAAUUACAACUUACAAUUGCUUUAUUUAGAAAAGAGUUAGUAACUUUUUUUUGAAAAAUAUUUUGAAAUGAGAUCUAAUCAAACAUUUUUAUAUACAACAAAAAAAGUUUGUAAUUUUUCCAGAUUUUUGGAAUUAUUGAUCAUGAGUAAUGGUAGAAACUGAUGCCCUCAAACAGGAUUGACAGUUUAUAAGUAAUUUGCCUGUUACUUUUUUAGGCUGCAUCUAAAAGUUGCAUUGUGUGCUUUUGUUCUUGACCUGUAAUGGUAACCACUUGCAAAGCGAAAGCUGCACUUGUAUUUUAGUCAGUGUUCUUGUUGCAGGCAGCAAAUAUGGAAAUUUCCUCUAGAUUUUGGGUUCUAGUUUCCCCUUGGGUGAGUGGUUUUCAGUCUAAAGGGCAUUUUGACCCCAGGCAGCAGUAGAAUCUGCCCAUUUUAACUGUAGAGUGGCAUGGGUGAACUGUUGUCAAGCUCGGACAACUCUGACCAGUGACUGCACCGGCGGGUGACUGCACUGACUAAGGCGGACCAAGCUAAGCGGUGAAUGGAGCAGCCCACUCUUUUGGUCAAUUAACAUUACACUAACCAGUAACUAAACUUUACUGUUAGUAUGGUUCAGCUCAUAAUUGUGAGAUCUGUAUGACUGUAAUUGUGUUGCUCUGUCUGCAGCGUUACUGAAAUGUGCAUCAGAAAUAAAGUUCAUGUUGAGUAUUAGGAAAAAAAAACUGCAUAAUGUAAAAGCAACUAUUUCAUUUCCUCUCUUGAAAGUUAAAGUGCAACUAAUGUCAGCAGCGUUAUGUUUCAAUCCUUGAGUCUCACAUAAAGAAUUAAGUUUUAAAAGUGGCCGUGGCGUCACAAACGCUUCAAGCAGCUUAAGCUGCCUGAAGUAUCAGCUAUGAUAAGUGGACACUUGUGGUUCCUUCAAGGCUACGACCGCUUGGCUAGCGGUGGUGACUCAGUCACAACUCCGACUACUUGCCACUCAGGACGUUGGGAGCUUCAACACAAAGAACAAAACGUUUGUGGCAUUAUAUUUCUGAGUACCACUUGCUACGAUUUUUUACCUAACUAUUACUUUAAAUCUUGAUCAUUGACAGUCCCUUAAGUGCUGUGUAUUUUUUUUUUUUAAAUAGGAGUUUUUGAGUUAAAAAUGGUCAUGCUAGUAAUUUUUAUAAAUUAUUUUGAAUGUUGUAGAAAUACUAAGUACUUGAAACAGAUUUUCUAUUUAUAAACUUGUAUAUAAGUGUAAGGAAAAAUUUGAAAGGCAAUGUUUCCAUAUAUUUUUCAUGUUGUUAAUAUGAAGAUUUUUUUUUGUUUGUUUUGUCUAAACGCAAGCAACAAACCUUAGCACCUUAGAAAUAAAUUUUAUCAGCAGAAAUGAGUUAAACAUAUAAUCAUAAACUGAAUUUUAAUCUUUUAUUGGCAGUUGGACUUAUUUAUUUGUUCAAUUUAGUUUUGAAAUUGAAUGUAACAAUUUGUUUCAUCAGCUUUGGUUAUUUUAUUAUUUAUAAAGUGCACUGUCCGUAGCUGGCUAUUUUGUUAACAGCAUUAUUAAAUGUUCUAACUCUCAGAUUGGUGUUGAACAAGAAUCUCUGUGAUAAUUGGGGCAGCCUUAAUAAAAUCAGUUAUUAUUUUAGUUGCAAUUUAUAUCAGCUGUAUCAGGGGUAACAGAAAACUCACUGAGUAAGUAAAAGAUUACCAUCCACUUAGGGAAAUUCUUUGUGAAAUGUGCCUACUGUCUCUUAAAUCAAUAUCUUGAUUCAAUUGUUAAAUUUAUAUUUAUUACCUAAUUGGUUUUGUCUAUUGUCCACACUUUGUUCACUGGUAAAAAUCAGUUCCUUAAAUUACUUGUCAAAUCACUGUGAGGUUUUGAAGCAGUGAUCGUGUCACCAGUGCAUUUAUUCAAGUGUUGCUUGUAGCUUCAUAAUGGCUUGGAAAAAUAAAAUAUUUGGGGGCUUUUUUUUUAUUAAGGGUUGGCAUGUAUGUUUGAAAUAAUUUGAAGCCUGAAUGAACUGCUUUCAAUGUUUCCAAUUUGACAUUUUUUUAUUUGUUAUCAUUUAAGAAGAGUUAAAAAAAACUUUAUAUUCAUGUACCAUUUACAUGGGUUUAGUGCUAUGUACUAUUGGGUAUUCUCAAUAAAAACUAUUUGUGGAAAA